AUGAACAUACCGUCGUCGCCGCCGGCUCUCCCGGAUGAUGUUUUCAACGAGCCACCGAGUUCUCCUCCGUUAGCACCAGCCGAGUUUCCGUCACGCAAGAGGCACGCGGGAUGGGAGUACGACAGCAGCAUGUCUAGCGACCCAAUCUUCAGUGAGGACGCGUCAGAAGAGUCGGAAGUCACAGGUACCAAGCGCAAGCGAUUCGUACGCGGCCCGUGGUACCAGCAUGCGCAUUCUCCGGCCAUGUCGCGUGUUCGAGCUGGAGGGCGCAAGGGCGACAGCGGCGUCUGGUUGGGCUCCGACAGCUCGACCGACAGCAUUGGAAGUAGCAGCCGUCGCGUGCAGAGUCUGACCUUCAACGAGUACAUGCAGAAGGGUGCGCCUCUCACGCAGCGCCAGACGCCGACGAAGCCCAAAGACUCGGUCCAGGAACGCGCCGCCAGCAUCGUCUUCAACUCGGUCGACAACUGCAAGGACUCAAUUGAUCUCUCUGACAUGCAUCUUGGCCGGCUCGACAACGAAACGCUCAAACCACUACAUCAGCUCAUCCGCCUCCCCGUCCCCAUCAAUGAUUCGCAAAAGAUCACCGACGACCACUUUGCGCCCCUCACACCUAGCAUCAAGCUGUUCCUGUCCAGGAACGAACUGCAACAGCUUCCGCCCGAGUUGUGGAAUCUGGGUAAUAUGGCUGUCCUCAGUCUACGCUCCAAUGCUUUGAUCGACAUCUCGCCUUCCAUUGGCCGCCUCCGCAACCUUCAUGAACUCAAUGUCGCUGGCAACCAGCUUCCCUACCUUCCCUUCGAGCUACUCUCUCUGAUCCAGAACAAGCUCGUACAGCUAUCUCUGAGCCCCAACCCCUUCGUACACCCUCUACCUCUACCCACCUCGAACAUGCUCAGGAGCGUGCCCUCCAAAGUGGACGACUGUUUGCGUGAGCUCCGCCGCUUACGCUCACGCUGUCCUGAUAUCGACGCCAGCGAACCAUCACACGAGGCUCUGCUUCAUCGCUUGUAUGCCUCCCGACUGUACAUGGCUUCUCAGGGCAUCAAAUCGACAUCGACCUACGUUGCUUCCUCUUCCAUUGCUUACUUUGAGAUCGAUGGAGCGAUAGUCCGUUCGCCCUUCCGCUCAUAUACCGCAUACUCUGGGCCAAAUUAUUCGGCCUCAUUUAGUCGCCCUUCGCCGCCUUCUUCGACACGAUCUGCCGCGCCCUCUCUUUUCGAGUUGAGUGCACGCGCGUGUGCUCGCUCACAGUACGUCGGACAGCUAUCUACACUCCUACCGGAGGAUGUUUCCCCACCAGUCAACACAGCAAUUGGCAAAGUUCUGGAAAGUAAAGAGGUGGGCAUGCAGCACUGUUCUGUCUGCAACAAACAGUUCCUCGUACCCCGUGCACAGUGGGUCGAGUAUUACUAUGUUGGUCCUGGCGGUGAGAUGUGCUCUCCGAGCGAGUUGCUACGACCAUUCUUGCGCCGAGCUUGCUCUUGGGUUUGUGUCGACCGUUUGACUGUUCAAAGAGAGCAGCAUUGGGAAGACUGCGAGAAGCACUUCCAGGAUUUGACGCGUUACACGUGA